AUGUUCAAUUUUAGAAUAUGCAGGACCUUAGUUAGAGGUUUUAGGAGACAUUAUGCCAUAACAUACGCUAUGAGGUAUAAGAAGAUUGAAGAGAAUUUGGCAGCAUACUAUCCGUCGUUGUCGGGUCUGCGCAAAGCGACAAUUACUGUUCCGAAGUUUCUAAACAAAUACGAGUCAUGUUUACAGGCGGAAUUGCCCGACCAAAGAUACGUGGUAAACGGGCAAAUACGAUCUGUUCGAAUAGUUGGCAGAUCGAUGUGUUUUAUCGAUCUUUAUCAGGAAGGUAGAUCGUUGCAGUUAAUUCUAAGUUAUGGUGUUAUGAGCAAAGCGAUAUCUCGGGAACAGUUCUAUGAACUGGUGAACUUGGUAAGGCCUGGAGACCAUGUUCAGGCGGAAGGGUAUCCAGGAUUAUCGAAGACAGAGAAAACGCUGUCGCUGAAAUGCACGAUACCGUUAGUGAUGCUCUCUGCCUCUCAGAUUGCUGCACCACCCAAACUAGAGGAGCCCUCGCAGCGACGCAGUAAUCGGGUUAUGGACUACAUUGUGAACGGUUAUGAAGUGCUGCAUCAAAGGCGCGCUGUUAUCAAGGCUCUACGGGACUUUUUGGACAGCAAUGACUUCCUUGAAGUAGAGACACCACUUCUUUCUGCACAUGCUAGCGGUGCUAAUGCACGCCCAUUUACUACACAGCUCAAUGCACUUUCCAAACAGUCUUUGCAUUUGCGUAUUGCGCCAGAGCUGUGGCUCAAGAGAUUGAGCAUCGCGGGAUUGCACAAAGUUUAUGAAAUUGGUAAGGUGUUCCGGAACGAGGGUGUCGACGCUACGCAUAAUCCAGAGUUCACGACACUGGAGUUCUACCAGUCCUAUACAUCUAUGGAGGAGCUUCUAGAGAUGAGUGAGGAGCUUUUGAAGUACGUAUGCACAGCAGUUCACACUCCAGUAGCUAGAGAAGUUCUUGCCGCUUUAAAGGCUAACGGUGGUCACUUCAGGCGUGUCGAGGUGCUUCCCACUUUGAAGAAGGAAACGGGCAUCGACUGGGACACCAUAGAUCUAUCCAGCAGCGACGCCAUGUUGGCUGCACUUCGGUCCAAAAACAUUCACCUUACAGAAACUAUUAAAUCUCCCAGCCAGAUUUUGAAUAAAUUAUGCGGAGAUUACGUGGAGAACAAAUACUGCGGCGACCUUCUCCCCACAGCCAUUUGCCAUCAUCCUACCAUAACGUCUCCUUUAGCGAAGGGAAACGAUAGAACGUCUAAUAGGUUUGAGGUUAUGAUUAAAGGCCGAGAAUACAUCAAUGCAUACGAGGAAGAGAACUGUCCUCAGACCCAGCUUUCCAAACUAGCAGACCAGAGCAGAUAUAAGGAGGAGUACAAAGACCAAGAAUCCAUGGACGUCGAUUUCGCUUACAUAGAAGCCAUGAAGUUGGGAAUGCCUCCAGUAGGCGGCCUUGGUCUUGGCAUCGAUCGUCUUUGUAUGCUGCUACUCAAUAAGGAUAGAAUUGAAGACGUGCUGCCUUUCGGCUGUCUCGAUGAUGUUAAUAGGCAGUAA